UUACCGUGGCGACGGCGGCGGCGUGCGCCCCGCGGCGGGAUGGGGAGCGGCGGCUCGGCGGGGCGGGGGGCGCGGCUGGCGGCGGCCGAGGGGCCGGGGGGCGAGCAGCACCUGCUGGAGGUGCGGGGCCGGCGGGUGCCCGAGGCCCUGUGGGCGCAGCAGGAGCUGCGGAAGCUUUACCUGGGCGACCUGGGGCUGCGGGAGCUGCCGGAGGAGCUGGCGGACCUGCAGCACCUCCGCACCCUGGCCCUGGAUGGCAACGAGCUGCUGGAGGUGCCCGAGGCCCUGUGCUACCUGCCCCGCCUGGCCUACCUCUACCUGGGCCGCAACGGGCUGCAGGAGCUGCCGCCCGCCUUCGCCCAGCUGCGGGGCCUGCGCUGCCUCUGGCUGGAGGGCAACUUCCUGGCGCGCUUCCCCCGCGCCCUGCUGAGCCUGCCCGAGCUGCGCAGCCUCCAGCUGGGCAACAACCGCCUGGCCCGCCUGCCCGCCGGGCUGCCCCGCAUGGCCGGCCUGCAGGGGCUCUGGCUCUAUGGCAACCGCUUCGAGGAGUUCCCGCCCGUCCUGCUGCGCAUGGCCCGCCUGCACCUCCUCGACCUGGACCGCAACCGCAUCGCCCGCUUCCCUGACCUGUCCGGCCUCCCUGCCCUGCGGCUCCUCUCCUACGACCACAACCCUGUCCGGCAGCCGCCCUGCGUGGGAGACACCGUGCAGCUGGUGGGCGAGGGUGCGCAGGAGUUCAUGGAGGCACGGCGGGAGCGCCUGCAGAGCCUCCAGCAGCAGGAGGAAGAGGAAGAGGAGGAGGAAGGCGCUGAGGCGCCACCGGCAGCCCCCGAGGAUGGCUCCCCGCUGCUGGAGGACCGGGAGGGCAGCUUCGCCGCCCCACCGGGCUCCUCAGGGGAAACCUGAGCCACCGCGCUGCAGCCGUACACCCACAGGGAUGCACCUUGGAAGGAUGGGGAGCCUCCACAGGGCUCCCAAGGACCACUGCCACUCCCAGCUAGGGCUGGGGAAGAAAGAAGGUCACAGCCUCCGUGCAAAGGAAAACAUAUGAUCUGAGGGACCGGCCUCUCUCAGUUGGGACAGCAGAAAGCUGCCUCCUGGAUCUGCAGGGCUUGUGGGUCACCGCUGGGAUCCACAAGCCCACCACCUUACAGCAUCCCACGUAACCGCAGGGUGCCUUGGAUGGGGGAAAUGGCCCUGAUGGGUGACCCCACAGACCCCACUUGCCUGCUGGGCAGGCCCUGGCAGGCAGCACGGUGCUGCUGAAAGCCAGGCAUCCCUGCGAUGCCUGCCCCGAGCACAGGGGCCUUCCUGCCACAUGCUGCAGCCACCUCCACAUGCCUCCUUUGCUCCUGGCUCUGUGGGGCAGGACAGGAAAAAGCAAUGCCGUUUGCAUCCCUUCCGCGUGGACCCUUUCACCCUGAAGAGCAGCAAGGUUUGAGAGCAAAGACGCAGACCCAUUCUCACCCCUAGACCCCCGUCUCACUGCUGGAAUUGGUCUGGAGGAAAGAGAGUUUUCCACCAGGCUUCUCCCAGCCGUCAGGGUUGGGAAGGAGCUGAUGGAAACUGCACCUGGGCACAAGCACUGCCUGUCUCGAGCCUGGAAAGGUUUUGCCUCUGUACAGGAAGAGGAGUCCCAGCUCUGGCUCUGUCUGCCCCAAAACGGGCACCAAAGCCCAGGCUGCCGCCUUGUCCUUCCUCUUCCCUUCCUUCUGUGCUGUCUGUACCAAACUCAA